ACGCUGACCUCCAGCAAAAUGUGAAAAAAUUGAGUUCUCUGAAGCACUGGGUUCUUCUCCUCCACAAUAACAAAUUUACAAAUUUCAGGUGUUUGAUUCAAUUUUCUGCUCCACAAAAAACAGUUUGAAUUCUUUCUUUGCAUUCCAAAGAUGCCAAAUCCUCAAAGUCUCCUGCUUUAUCCUCAACGAAUGCCUUUUCCCCUCUCUGCUUUCCUUAAACGGACAUGAAACUCUCACACUGCACACUCUACUCCACAUGGCCUCGCUCGUCACUUUCCUGCACUUCCCUUCGCUUUCCUCCUCCCCAAACACCUUCUGCAUCUCGCCAAAACGGUGCCGUCUCCAUUUCAAGGCUCAGAUUUCAGUCAACGGCACUCAGAAGCCGGCCGGCGUAGCCGUCGUUUGGCUAAAGCACGACCUCCGGAUCGACGACCACCCCGCCCUCCUCGCCGCUUCCAACCACUCCGCCGUGGUUCCAAUCUAUGUCUUCGAUCAUCGCAUCAUCUCCCGUUUUCCCGAGAAAAUGCAAGAAACGGUUUUGAUUGCUUUGCAAGAUUUGAGAAGCUCGUUGAAGGAUAAAGGUGCGAACUUGAUGAUUCGGUUGGGGAAUGCCGAAUAUGUGAUUCAACAGCUUGUAAAAGAGGUUCAGUUUGUUAGUACGGUAUAUGCCGAGGAGGAGGUGGAGUAUGGCUUAAGGAAGAUGACUGAUAGUGUCAGGGACACCUUGACGGCAACGCGGUCUUCCCCCAACUUUGUGCUGUGGCGGACUCCGUUUUAUGAUGUGAAGAGCUUGAAGGGUAUUCCAGAUUCAUACGAUGAAUUUACCAAACUUAGAUUGCCAGUAACUUUGCCACUGUCGCCCGCAACAUUAACUGGUCGAAACAUGGAAGUGGAUUGGGGUCCCAUCCCCACAUUUAAUGAUUUGAAACAAUUUAUCAAAGAAAAUCCAUGCAAAAUGGAAGAGAGUUGGAAUUCAAUGAAAGAGAUGUGCGCUGAAACAAUUUUGAUGAAGGAAUUUUUGAAGCCUGGGCAAAGAAAUCUAAAUAAUUCGAGUUCUAGACAUGUCCAGGUCCCAUCAAAGAAGCUUGAGAAUUCUAUGUUUGUCACUACAAAGGGAAAUUCUCUGGGAGGGGGGACGAGUAACGCAUUGAAAACUUUGGGUGCAUACUUGAGAUAUUUGGAGGGAACAGAACGUGAUCACUACUGGUGGGAAAUACAUGAACAGAUGCCCUGUGCUGAAAGUCGGGAUGGAGCUUCAUUUACUACACUCUUUGGUCCUGCCCUUUUUCUUGGCAUCCUAUCCAGAAGAAGAGUAUAUUUUGAAGCUCUCAAGUAUAAGAAAGAACGAGAUUCUGGAUUUCUGUCUCCUUUUGGAUAUUCAUCCUCUACAAUUGCCGCAACUGUUGAUUCGGUGUGCUCAAUGGAGUGGUAUUUGCUUGUCGCUCUAAAAAGUCAGUUAAGUGAUGACAGAAGAUUUCGUAUUCGUAUCUGGAGAUGGAAAGGCUAUCUAAUUCAGUAUACAGUUGUGGGUGAAGAAGGUCCUGCUACUCUUCUGGUUCAUGGUUUUGGAGCCUUCUUGGAGCAUUACCGUGACAACAUACGCGCCAUUGCUGAAGGUGGAAACAGAGUAUGGGCCAUCACGCUAUUAGGAUUUGGCAAAUCGGAAAAGCCAAAUAUUGAAUACACUGAACUCGUGUGGGCAAUGCUUAGAGAUUUCAUUAUUGAAGUUGUGGGUGAACCAGCACAUCUGGUUGGGAACUCAAUUGGUGGUUAUAUUAUUGCAAUUGUCGCUCGUCUUUGGCCUGCUUUGGUCAAAUCUGUGGUUCUUAUCAACAGUGGUGGGAAUGUUAUUCCAGGAUAUUCCUCUGUGUUGUUCGCCAAAGAGAGAAGAACUUCGGGUGCUUCAUGGCUAGGUGCUAAAUUCCUUUUGUUCUACUUAAGGUUGACACUCAAGGACAUAGUGAAGAAUUGCUACCCAUCUAAAACAGAGCGAGUUGACAGUUGGCUUAUUGAUGAAAUGCUAAGAGCAUCAUACGAUCCCGGGGUGGCAGUGGUCCUUGAAAGCGUUUUUAGCUUCAAUCUCUCAAUCCCUCUUAAUUAUCUCUUGGAUGAAUUCAAGGACAAAGUUAUGAUUAUACAGGGAAUGAGAGAUCCAAUAUCGGACUCCAAGUCAACAGUGGCUAUGCUUAAAGAGCAUUGUGCUGGGUUCAUCGUCAAGGAGUUGGAUGCCGGUCAUUGCCCGCACGACGAAGUGCCCGGUGAAGUGAAUUCAAUUAUUCGUGAAUGGAUAGUGAACCUGAGCAGUAAACUUCCGGCUGUUAGCUUCAAGUAGUUUACUAUACGCUACAAAAUCCAUGUUGAUGUGUAAGAAAACAUGUUACUCCAACAUUGCCCGGGCAACGCCAGCGCAAAAUCCCCACGGCUGUUAGGGCGGCUACGCUUGACAUUGUUUCCUACAAGAUGAGCACUUCAGCUCCCUCAAUUUCAUUCCUUGUGUUGCUGUUUAGUUGACUAGUUCUUCAGAACUCAAUGUUCACAACAGCGGCUGUUCACUGUACCUCCUCCCCCAACUUCAUUUCGUCGCAAAGACAGGUGAUAUCAGGAGCUAUUCCUCCAUUACAAUCCCUCAAAAUCCCAUCACCUACAAGAUCGUUUAACAACAGCGGAUCCUCGUGACACAGCUUCUGCCAUAUCGUUGCGGCAAAACAUCUGGUGUACAUGUAGCUACAAUAUAAAAAAUUUCAACUCAUUGAAUGCUUAUGCUUUCUUCUCAUGCCAUUGUCAUUUAACGGAAAAGUUCCUAAAUUCUUAAUUUCAUAAAUAUAUAUAAAGCACGUA